UUGGGUGUCAAUCGAGAUAGCACAAGGGUUGAGAUUGAUAGCCAAUUUUCUCAUUCUUCUUCUUUUUCUUUGCAAUCUCGGCCUCCUGUUUGGUUCAUUAUUUGCCUGAUUUUUCUAUCAUUCUUCACCGAAAGAAAAUGUUCAUUGAGAAGUUUAAGGUUGAGAGUCCUAAUGUUAAGUAUACAGAGGAUGAGAUUCACUCUGUGUAUAGCUACGAGACCACUGAUCUUGUUCACGAGAACAGGAAUGGCACUUAUGAAUGGAUUGUGAAGCCCAAAACUGUCAAAUACGAAUUCAAGACCAAUACCCAUGUCCCUAAGCUAGGGGUUAUGCUCGUGGGGUGGGGAGGAAAUAAUGGUUCCACUCUAACCGGUGGGGUUAUAGCCAAUAGACAAGGAAUCUCUUGGGCAACCAAGGACAAAGUUCAACAGGCUAAUUACUUUGGCUCACUCACCCAAGCUUCAUCGAUCCGAGUUGGGUCUUUCAAUGGAGAGGAGAUUUAUGCUCCGUUCAAGAGCCUCCUUCCCAUGGUGAAUCCAGAUGACAUCGUGUUUGGUGGCUGGGACAUCAGUGACAUGAACUUGGCAGAUGCCAUGGCCAGGGCCAAGGUCUUUGAAAUUGAUCUUCAAAAGCAACUGAGGCCCUACAUGGAAUCUAUGGUCCCACUCCCCGGAAUCUAUGACCCUGAUUUCAUCGCUGCCAAUCAAGGGUCACGUGCCAACAACGUGAUCAAAGGGACCAAGAAAGAGCAGGUCCAGCAAAUAAUUAAAGACAUUAGGGAGUUUAAGGAGAAAAGCAAGGUGGACAAGGUGGUUGUUCUGUGGACUGCCAACACUGAGAGGUACAGUAAUGUUGUUGUGGGCCUAAAUGAUACCAUGGAGAACCUCUUGGCUUCGUUGGAGAAAAAUGAAGCUGAAAUAUCUCCAUCAACCUUGUAUGCUUUAGCUUGUGUUUUAGAGGAAGUUCCUUUCAUUAAUGGAAGCCCACAGAACACUUUUGUUCCAGGCCUUAUUGAUUUGGCCAUUAAGAGCAACAGUUUGAUUGGUGGAGAUGAUUUCAAGAGUGGUCAGACCAAGAUGAAAUCUGUACUUGUUGAUUUCCUUGUUGGUGCCGGUAUAAAGCCAACAUCAAUAGUGAGUUACAAUCAUCUAGGAAACAAUGAUGGUUUGAACUUGUCAGCACCUCAAACUUUCCGUUCCAAGGAAAUCUCCAAAAGCAAUGUUGUUGACGACAUGGUCGCUAGCAAUGGCAUCCUCUAUGAACCUGGGGAGCACCCUGAUCAUGUUGUGGUCAUCAAGUAUGUUCCUUAUGUAGGAGAUAGCAAGAGAGCCAUGGAUGAGUACACUUCAGAAAUUUUCAUGGGUGGCAAAAACACCAUAGUCCUGCAUAACACCUGCGAGGACUCCCUUUUGGCUGCACCCAUCAUCCUGGAUUUGGUUCUUCUUGCUGAGCUCUGCACCAGGAUCCAGCUUAAAGCUGAAGGGGAGGGCAAGUUCCACUCUUUCCACCCUGUGGCUACCAUUCUCAGUUACCUUACCAAGGCUCCUCUUGUUCCACCAGGCACACCAGUGGUGAAUGCACUGUCAAAGCAGCGAGCAAUGCUUGAGAACAUACUGAGAGCUUGUGUUGGCUUGGCUCCUGAGAACAACAUGAUUUUGGAAUACAAGUGAAGCAACACGGGAGGAAGAAAAUAGUGGAAGAAGAUUGGUGCCAGCAAUAGCAGCAAAGAACCAAGUUUCCCUGUUUCUUUCACUGGUUGUUUAUGGUUAAUGUCCCAUCAUAAAAUGUAAUAUUUGUGUGAUAUUGCCAUAUUCUGGUCUAUGUAUGGAUUUUCUAUUUCCUUUUUCUUUUAGCUUCAGACAGUGCUCAUGCAUAGCCCGUUUGCUUAGGCUGUUCUCAUGGGCCAGGCACCUUGUUUUGGCUUGAAAGUAGAUUAUAUGUAUAAUUAGGUAGUUGAUAAAAUUCUGUCUUUGCUUC